GGGAGGACUCUGCGAGUGGACCACACUAAUUCAUCCUCGGCGGUGUGGGGGAGAGGAUCACAUCCACAUCACGGUGUGAGGACCGUCUUGGCCGGAGACAACGCCUUCAAGGAGGACAAGAAGUGGAAACGGUGGGAUCUGUCCACUCGUGAGAACUUGACACAAGCAAAGACCAAAACCAGGUUUCCCAUGAGACCUCCCUCCUCGACCAGGUGCUGGAACUUAUUAUGAGUGAGAAGCCGCCCAACAGUGCAAGUCUUUUCCUAAACGAGGACACAGACAAGCCACCUUUGGCAGACCGAGGAGACCUGAGGAGGCGUCUACGCAGAGCCAUGGAGAGGAGAGCCAGCAGCAUGAAGGAGAGGAUGUCCUCCAUCAGCAGGGACAACCUCAAAGCUUUCCUCAAAAGAAACCUGUUUGUUUUGUUCACUGUUGCUGCCGUUGCCAUGGGUGUAAUCCUGGGCUUUGCUCUACGUUCCCACAACCUGUCUCCGAGGGAGAUCAAGUACUUUGCUUUUCCUGGGGAGCUCCUGAUGAGGAUGCUGCAGAUGCUGGUGCUGCCGCUCAUCGUCUCCAGCCUGGUCACAGGUAUUUCCUCUCUGGACAGCACAGCGUCAGGUAAGAUGGGUGCUCGCGCGGUGGUCUACUACAUGGUGACCACCCUGAUUGCUGUGUUUAUUGGCAUUGUGACCGUCAUGAUCAUCCAGCCUGGAAAAGGCAGCAGGGACAGUCCUGCCACCAGAAAUGGGAAUAUUGAAUCGAUCCAGGCUACUGAUGCUUUUCUAGAUCUCAUUAGGAACAUGUUUCCUCCUAAUUUGGUAGAAGCUUGCUUCAAGCAGCAUAAAACUGUGUACAAGAGGGUCGUUCACACGAGGAAUGUGACAGUGAAUCUGAACCUCACCGACUCCGUCAACGUGACGGAGUCUAACCUGAGCAUGAACCUCAGCAGGGUGUUGCACACCAUACAGGAGACGGUUGAGGAGACUGUCCCUGUGUCUGGCUCCUCUAGUGGAGUGAACGCUCUGGGUCUGGUGGUCUUCUCCGUGUGCUUUGGUUUGGUCAUCGGCAACAUGAAGCAGCAGGGCCAGGCCCUUAGAGACUUCUUCGACUGUUUGAAUGAAGCCAUCAUGAGGCUGGUGGCCAUCAUCAUCUGGUAUGCUCCAGUGGGCAUCCUGUUCCUUAUCGCAGGGAAAAUAGUAGAGAUGAAGAAUCUAGCAGAAGUGGGUGGACAGUUGGGGAUGUACACCGUAUCGGUCACUGUGGGCCUCCUCAUCCAUGGCCUCUUUGUGCUGCCGCUGCUCUUCUUCCUGGUGACCAGAAGGAACCCUUACACUUUCAUUGGUGGAUUGCUGCAGGCACUCAUCACUGCCUUAGGAACGUCCUCUAGCUCUGCUACGUUGCCCAUCACUUUCCGUUGUCUUGAAGAAAACAACCACGUGGAUAAACGAGUGACGCGCUUCGUCCUUCCUGUGGGCGCCACCAUCAACAUGGAUGGAACUGCCCUCUAUGAGGCCGUGGCAGCCAUUUUUAUAGCUCAAGUCAACGACAUGGACCUAAACUUUGGCCAGAUUCUUACAAUCAGUAUCACAGCAACUGCUGCCAGCAUUGGAGCAGCAGGCAUCCCUCAGGCUGGCCUGGUUACCAUGGUGAUCGUAUUGACAUCGGUGGGACUGCCCACAGAGGAAAUAACACUGAUAAUCACUGUGGAUUGGUUCUUGGAUCGGUUGCGCACCACCACCAAUGUACUGGGCGACUCACUCGGGGCUGGCAUUGUGGAGCACCUUUCCCGCAGAGAACUGCAGAAUGAAGAUGGCGAAGUGUGCAACUCUGCAACUGAGGAGAAUGAGAAGCCGUACCAGCUCAUCAGCCAGGAAAAUGACGCAUUCAACCACCUCAACAGUGAGACAACGAUGUGAACACAAUGCAUGACCUGCAAGGACUCCACGUACCAAAAGCAUUUUAGAUUUAGUUAGCUCUGAGUUGUUGGUCCUAAAGAAAAUAUUAGUUCCUGGUCUACUGGGCCAGCACUUUGUUUUUGCCACAUCCUUUCCCUCAAAUUACAGAAUGUUCUCUGGAAAACAACACAAAGCCUGUCCUGAGGCGGCGGGAUGACAGGAAAUUAAGUACACAUGUUUAGAAACAGUUACACAUCCAGUGUUUUUUCCCACAGUUUCAGAUUUUUAUUCAUUUAAUGUGGAGACAGUUUUAUUUCAUCAAAGACUUUUCAAAUUGAAGUCAAACUCUUGAACCUCAUUGAGUUAUUAGUGAUUCAUAAUUUUAAAUCCACCUGAGCAUCAUAAAACUGAUCAACGCGGGAAAACAGUAUGCUCCCAAGUAAGCAAACUAGUCAAAAAGCCAAUAUAAUGAAAUAAAAAGAAAUUCUGCACAUUUAGGCUCAAUCUUUUGCAGAAAUCAUAUUAACUACUUAUAUUAUUUCCUUUCCAAAUAACUAUAUCUGUCAUUCUGAUCAUGACUACCUCUCUCUUUCUGAAAGGCAACACAAAUCAGGAUCCUCGGGAUGUAAAUACAUCAGUGUCAGUAUUUUCUUUGUCUUUCUGUGUUUUUUAAGUUUUCUUAGAUAAUGUAGUUCCAAGACUUUGAAUGUACUUGACUGUUGAACACUGAAAAAUGGUAAGAAGAAAACUACUUUUAUGAGUUCUAUUGUUUCACUGACUUGGUAGAAUGUCAUUUUUUUCUUAUGGAUAUUUGUCUGAUCUCUUAUAUUUAUUUGGGGCUAUUGUGUUUAAACUGUGAGUGCAGAACCAUCCUGCAAGACGGUGAUUUGACAGAAAUAGCUGCAAUAAUACUGAAAUUGCUAACUUCCUCCUUGUUGGCUUUUAUUUUUUCAGUUUUGAAAGUGUCUUUUCUUUCCUUUAUUUCUUUCAAAUACCGGUUCACGUGAAAAAAACUUUACACGCUUAAAUACAUUAAGAAAAAGUAUUUUAUUUUUAGCCACAACAGUGUUUUAAUGAUAAUGCACCCAUUUCCACCUGGUUGGCUGUAUUUUUUUUUUUUUUUUGCAUUGUAUAAUAUAUUAUUAGUGAAUAAGGUAAAAUAUUGUUUUAUGUUUAAGUUGAAAACAGCAUGCAAUCAUCAAAUCAUUGAUUGUUUUAUCUUAUAGUUUUGUGGAAGAGUACCGUGAAGAAAGUUUGUAAAUGCUUUAAGAAUUUGAUUGCACUGUUGUUUGAUUAAGUGCUGUGCAUAAUAAUCAAAUUGUGAAUUUACAGUAUGUGCCAUUUAAUUAAAUGCUUAUUUAACUUGCCUUUGUAAUUCUCCUUAAGAAGUUGUACUUAAUUAUGAUGCUUGAUGUUAUUUUAGUGAUUUUUUAUUUUUUUUGAUGGAAGAGCAGUUCAACCUUUGAAUGAGAACA